AGAUUUUGUAUUUAGGUGCUUUAGAAAUAAAUAUUUCAAAAUUAGUAAAUUCGUCAUGCUCAUCUGCAGAGCUCCCUAUAGUGUCAUACUUUUUGGAUCCUUCUUGCUAUUUUUCCCAAUUGAAAUUGAAACAUCGGUGGUUUUUAAUGCUUCCAAUGAUUGUGUUAUUCUUUGUAGUGGAGAAAUUCUCAAGAAUGUACAGCUAUCUCAAUUAUUCAAUGACAGUGGUUAUUUUGUUCGAAUGAAGCUGCUUGCUGAUCCAGCUGUUAUAGAGCAGAAGUUUAUGGAAUUGAAAAAUAGAUCCAAAAAUAUUGAUAAAAAUGUACUGAAAAUCUUUGUAGAUGAAUGGUUUUUACCUCCUGGAUCAGAUCUAGAGAGUUUUACACUUCCUGAUUGGACAGAAGUGCCUCGUUUUAUUGAGGAAAUACAUGACAAAGCCUUGAGAAAUUGGAUGAUUGAUCUGAAUAAAAUAUGGAAGGAACUGGCAAAGAAGAUACCUGAAGAUGUUAAGGAAAAUUCGUCUUUGUAUUCUCAGAUAUAUUUACCAAAUGGUUUUGUGAUUCCUGGCGGCUUCUUCCAGGAAAUUUAUUACUGGGAUAGUUAUUGGAUAAUUGAAGGUCUAUUAAUUUCUGAAAUGAAGACCACAGCUCGUGGUAUGAUUGAAAACCUUCUUCAUCUUGUCAAAAAAUAUGGGUACGUUCCAAAUGGCUCUCGAAAAUACCUCCUUGGCCGUUCGCAGUUCCCGAUGUUGAUUUCUAUAACAGAUUUAUAUUACCAUUAUACUCGUGAUUUCACUAUCAUACGUGACAACAUUGAUACACUGGUAAUAGAAUACGAGUUCUGGGUUGCCAAUCGCACCGUUCAAUUUUCGCUAGGUCACUUGAAUUACACACUUUUCCAUUAUUCUGUAAGCUCUGACCAGCCCAGACCAGAAUCUUACUUGGCCGACAAUACUCUCGUUCAAAAUGUCUCUGAAACCAAAGCCGCUCUCAUGUACGGAGAUAUUAAAGCGGCGGCUGAGAGUGGAUGGGAUUUUUCUUCUCGCUGGUUUAUUAAUAACGGCGUCGAAACUGAACAAAUGAGUUAUAUUGAAACACGUGUUAUAGCCCCUGUUGACCUUAACAGUAUUAUGUGUCGCAAUGCGCAUCUGCUCUCUGUUUAUUAUGAUAAAUUGAAAAAUGUUGACCGAUCAAAGUAUUACAGAGAAAAAGCAGCUACCAUGAAUUCUACAAUCAGUAGACUAUUUUGGGAUGAAGCAAGAGGUUUCUGGUUCGACUUCAACCUUGAGACCAAAGAAUUGGAGAAAGAAUUCUACGGUGCUGGUUUUGUUCCUCUUUGGGCAAGAACUUUCGGUAUUGAGCGCAACAGCUCAUAUGUCAUUUCAAAAGUGAUAAAUUUCUUGAACUCUCUGAACCUUACUUCUUUUCCUGGUGGUGUACCUGCAUCUUUAAUUUCAAGCGAGCAACAGUGGGACUAUCCAAACGGUUGGGCACCAUUGCAGUACUUCGCUGUCGUGGGGCUACGCAAGGCCGCUGUUUACAACGCAGAUGCUGGAAUCUUAGCUGAAUCCCUUGCUCGCAAGUGGGUGCUGAAUAAUUACUACGGCUAUAUCAACAGCAGCCCUCAUCUUAUGAUGGAAAAGUAUGACGUAACACAUUUAGGGACACCGGGCUCGGGUGGAGAGUAUCCAGUACAAGCUGGCUUUGGUUGGACAAAUGGCGUUGUCAUGAAGUUCAUGCACCUCUAUCCCCACUCUAUUCGCACCACCCAGGUCCAGGGAUAUGCUCCUAUCUGCGUCGCAGCGGUGCUACUGCUCACGAUGACAACCUCUUUGACGUUGUAUGUUUACAGAAUACGUUGUUCCGAUACAUCUUCUCGAUCUGUGCGCAUUGGCCUCAUGUGAUUUUCUGUAAUAAAUUAUUUCUAUUUUUUUUACAAACAACAAAGUACAUUAUUCUACUUGAAGUACCAGGAGUAUUUGUAGGGGAAAAUUGCAAGGAAAAUUGUGAUUAAUCUCAGCCGUUCCGACUGACUUAGCAAAUAUAUAUUUUUGAAAAAUUGAAUAACUAUAUGUUUUCCUGUGAUUGUUUCGUUUAUAUUUUAUCUGAAACUUCUUCCAAAAAAGACCAAGUCGCAUAUUUUCAUCCCGGACAACACAAGGAGUAAUUUUUAAAUUUCAUCACUUGAGAAUGAUCUUAUUAAGAAAAAAAAGUAUCCCUUUACCAUUAAUUUGGCUUUUUACCUCUACUUGGCUUGGCUUUUUGCGUUUUAGUUUCAUCUGCUGAAGAUUUGAACUGUGUAUUUGUGCGUGCUUUUGUAAUUCGCUACCUUUCAUUUUGACAUUUUAAGUUCAGUUUGUCAAUGGCCCUGUUAUUUUCUCUCUUUAGUUGGUGGCCGACCUGGAAUAGAAUUCUUAACGUUGCAUACGGUACGUUGCAUUGUUUUAAGUCACGGUCUUGUUAUUGAAGUAGACAUCACUUUAUGAUAUUGAACCCGUAAUGAACCGUUCUCAAGGUGUAUAAUCUGUAUUACCUACCUACAUGUUUGGUAAAAUAUUGGUAAAAUCACUCAAAAAAUAUCUGACUUUGGUGUAAGAUGCAAUUAUAAUAACGUAUAAUUGAACAGAUCUGACUAACAAAUCAAUCGUGUAUGUGGUUAUCAUUUACUCAAUGUUUGCAAACAUCAAGUUCACUUGUCAAACUUAUUUUCUCUACACAACUGUUCCAGGUCUUAAGUUAAAACUUGCUUCCUAACGUGUUUAUUAUCUUGAGAACGUUUACACCGCUUGCUUUUAUUAUGUGUGUGAGAAACAUAAGCUAAUUAUCCACGUUUCUCCGUAUAUAUUUGUAUUCGAAAGAAUUUGCUUGCCUGAUUUUGCGGUUUCAAUGUUUCAAUUUUUAUUACCGAGUUGGCGUUUGACUAUUCGUUUCCCGUUAGUUUAUUCAUACUUAGAACUAAAUACCUUGAUGCUCACAUACAGCCUUGGUUUACAUUCUAUUACAUUGACAUUACUUUCUAUGUUUAUUUGGUCUGGCAAGACCAAAUCUAC